AUGGAAGCCGAUUCAGAACAACAGUUGGCAGAAACAGCUGUGCGUUGGCAUUGGAGCUUGCCGGAGGAAGAAUGUCUAGCUCGGCUCGUCAAUAAACACAAGAAAAAAGCUGAAGACGGUGAAACUCAUACAGGCAAUCUCUUUGACGGGGUAGCCAUCGAACUCAAUGGACUAGGAUUUGGCAUAGAAAGAACUAGUGGUGCAUGUGCCAGUAAAUGGCGUCGAAUGAGCGAUAAUCAAUCAAAGCUGCGUGGCAACACAUUGUCAAAUGGCUCGAAUUGGGAUUAUGACUUUGAUGACACUGGAGACUUUAUCACAGAUGAAGAUGAAGUUGACAAAGGUUCCAAUAGCAUGAUUGAUAAAAACCAGAAGAUAAGUAGACCUAUAUGGAGCGAAGAAGAAUCGAGAACCCUCUACGAGAAUAUCAAAACUCUUCUGGAAUUGAGCAAUCAAGAGAGGUCAUCAAAGUUUACUAAUACAAAGCAACUUUUCAAUCAUGUAACCGCACUGCACAGAGUCAAAGGUUAUUUUAGAUCUUCAGAUGCUUGUCAUCACUAUUGGAAUACCACAGGUCGCGAGUUGUGGGACUAUGAUGAGCGAAUUGUUGGAGAUUUCAAGACGAAUGAUGCACGCGAUGCAAAGGACAUAAACUCUUCCUUCAAGACCAAUGAAAGAGCAGUUGAGGACGUCAAGAAGUCAAAAAGAUUUACACCUAGUCAGAUAAGUGAACUGAGUCAAUUAGCUAAAGAAACACUCAAUCCAUCCACGGAGCAAAAGGAGAAAGUUGCGAAGGAUCAUGGCAUCAGUAUUUUCCAAGUUUCGACCUAUUUCGCAAAUAAGAGAUCCACCCAAAAGAAGGAAAUGGCAAAAAACGCGUUAGACCACGAAAGUUCCAAACGGAAGCAAUCUGGAAGACUGGAAGCAGAGUUCGCUGAUGGUGACGAGUCGACUGUUGCUCGAGCAGAUAAUGUUUUGAGGGACACAAAGAAACCCAGACUGUCAAGUUCCUCUCACAUAGCAUUUAAUAAUGAUGGGAAGAGUGCUAAGCUACCAUCAUCUAUCGAACAAGAUUAUAUUCGAAAGCAUUCUGCCUCACCACCACUUCCAAACCCCACGAGACUGUACCCACCCGACAAAGACUUUAUUGGAUCGAAUGCCCCUAUCGAAAUCAACAGUUCACCUAUGCGCCCCACAAGCACCAUGAAAGAUGCACCGAAUUCAGAUGACGAGGCUGGAUUCAAAGAGAUGCAAGAAAUGGUGCUCGUUCAGCGUCGCAGAAUCGAGGAAAGAAUUGCAGCAUCGAUCGAUAGACGAAAGCAACUGGAAUUGGAAACAAUUAGACAUCAAACCAGGGCGGAUAUGGAGCGAGAGGCGGCGGAAGGAACCCAGAAAAAAGUUGACGAGGAAUUCAAGGUCGAGGCUCGAUUGAGGACUAGACUCAAUCAAAUCGGAAGCUUGUAG